CGUUUCGCACAUCAUCACGACGGUGUUGAAAGCGUUCUGACUGGUUCUUACUGGUAAGAAUGUUAAAUGGAAGGAACGCUCCGAAAGGGACCGCUCGAUUCCGUAUUCAAAUGUCGACUUACAAACAAAACUCUGCGUCCCUAACCUGGCCCUAAGGAGGAGACGGAUUCGUGACGGUUCGAGUGGUGCUUCGGAAAGCACCAAGAAGUUUUGCCGUCCAUAAUGGACGACAUCGUUGAGCUAUUGAACGUUGAAAACGUGUGCAGAUUGUGUCUAUCUGUCGAAGAACCGAAAUCGUCAAUCUUCGGGGCACAAGAUUCCUCUGCUGCUGUACCACUCGUUACUAAAAUACAGGCAUGCCUAUCACUUCAGAUUUUAUCUACCGACAAAGUGUCUACGUUGAUAUGUUCUUCGUGCGUAAACAAUGUAAAUCAGUGGUACAACUACAAGGAAACUUGUUUUCGUUCUCAGGACAAAUUGCAGAAAUGGCUAGAAACUCAUCCACAGACAAACCCAGUGGUUGUAAAUAUAAAAGAGGAACCUAUGGACAUAGAUUAUUGCGAAGAUAACGCUAAAAUAUCUGAAUGCAACAAUGAAUCAAGCUCUCGUGUAAAUCAUGUAAAGUCUGCAAGUAAACUUCAUUCUAAAGAUGAAGCUAGGACGGGAGAAGUACAAAUUGACAAGACGCGUGACUUAGGUAAAGAUAAGGAAUUUAAAGCUUUUCAGUCGACUCCAUUGAAGAAUGCAGAUAGGGAGGAGCAUAGAAUGGAUAAACAAUUUUAUGGUCUAUCGAUAAAAACUGAGCCAGAAGAUGAUUAUGAUACGGAUUGUACGAUAGAAAUAGAAUCUGUCACUGGUAACGAAUUACUAUUGAAUCCAAUGGCGAUUGCAGGUAAAGAGGACAGAAUUAUGGAAGCUGAUUCGACUCAAAAAUCAAAUGCGGCUACUCCAAGCAGUAGAAAGAAGAUGAAACGUGGUCCUCAUACGCAUUUCCGAGGUACUCGUGUUUAUAAACAAAAGUGUACGCAUUGUCAAAUAAAUUUACAUUCUAAGUACACGUAUAUAAGACACAUGCAAAGAUUUCAUAGUGACGAAUGCGAAAAUAAAGAGUUAUCUAAGUCGAUGUCUGCUGACGAAGAAGAAUCGAUCGAAGACGUGGAGGACGAAUUAACGAGUAUGGAGAACGAUGCACCAUUGACAGAGGUACAACAAAGUAUAAUCAGCCAAUUGAAGACAUUCUCGUGUUACUCGUGUCAGCAAACUUUUUCCGACAGAAGAAAUACGCUUUCUCAUAUUCGUCAACACAUGCCAGACUUAAGACCGUACACUUGUAUCGCAUGUUUAACGGAAUUUCCUGAUCGAUCUAUGUACAAAUUGCACUGCAGUGCAUCCUUCGAGUGUGCUAUGAAAAUUGCGUUGGUUAUACCUAAGGAAGGGGAGGAAAAGUAUUUCACUUGUAACAUGUGUUUACGACCGAUGCCAAACAGAAAAGAAUUAUUGAGUCAUCUGUCGAAACAUUCGGACAAGCAAUACGAAGAAAUGAUGUCACCAAUGAGAUCUCCACCCAAGUUACAGCCUAUGGCACCCUUGCCGUGUCCGAAGAAAGAAACGUUGCCGAAAACAUCUCAGAUGAAUAGGGUCAUUCUUGGACCUUAUAAGAACGGCGAUCCAGCGCAUAAUCACGCCUGCGAUUUAUGCGGCAUGAUUUACAGAUACAAGCCUAAUCUGUUGAAGCAUCGUGUAAUCUGUAUCAGGUUGUCACCGGAAGUAAGAACUUGUUACAGAUGCAUUCAUUGUGGUAUGACUUAUCUCGUCUUUAAAAAAUUUCAUAAUCAUAUCACUAUCGAUCAUAAGAAGAAAGAAUUCGUUUGUUUCGAAUGUAACGCCAAGUUCAGAUCACCGAGUGAUUAUCUGACGCAUCACGAGAAGCAUCGACUGAUGAACGUCGAUCAACAUCAUCCGCAGGUUGCUAGUAAUCCAAUCAUGUCGCCUCAUCGUGGGCAGAGUCCUUUAAAAUCGUGGAGUGAUAACGAGGAAGCUACGGUAUCGAGACGAAGCGUCGAGGGUCAACGAUACGUUUGUAAUCUUUGUGGUCAGGAUUUUACUACGAGAGCCAAAUUGGCUGAACAUAAGAACCUUCAUCUAAAAGUAAAGAUAUAUUCGUGCGUUAUUUGCCGUAGUAUGUUUAGCAGCGCUGGUGCUUUAGAAAUUCACAUGAAAGAUCACGGCAUUGAAGAUCCACAAGAAAGAAAUGCCAAUAGUUCUUGCGUCGAAUACGAACGACUCGACGAUAGUCCACAAGGAAUUAAUUCUAUUAACACAAGUGCGGUCUCAGAUCCAGGCGAACGAAGAAACGAAUGUAACAUAUGCGGAAAGGUAUUCUCCAAUUAUCCGAAUCUGAGAAGGCACUUUAGGAAUAUUCACAAGGACAGCAAAGCACGUUUCACUUGUAUACGUUGCUCGUUAUCCUUCAAAACUAAAGAGCUUUACGAACGUCAUGCGAGACUCGAUCACAAAACGAAAGUUAUGUUAAUGUGUCGUCAGUGUCCUAAAACGUUUACCUUCAAAGCUAAUUUGGAUCUCCAUUGUAGGAGUGCUCACGGAGAUAAAUCUGGUAAUCAAGAAUGUGAUAUUUGUGGUAAAGUCUUUUUAGAGGAAGCCUCGUUAAAGAUUCAUCGAGGUUGGCACAACCGAGCAAAUUCGCGUUUGUAUACUCGGUCCUUCUUGAACAAUGAAAUUAAAGCUGCAACUUCGCUCUCUCCUGCCGAGGGCAGCGUCGGCAGUUUAGUCGUUACAACGCCCGAACGUCCAGCCAGGGCAAGAAAAUCUUUUCCCAAUCCACCACCUACGAAGCCACAGAACAAUUACCAGUGUCAAGUAUGCGACGGCAAAUUCGAAGACGUGGUUGAGUUAAGGAAACAUUUGUGGGACGUCCAUUGUGCUCGUAACAAGCCAGAGAAAAGUUUUUCAGGUGACGAACUUCAAUGUCAGUUAUGUACCAAUAUUUUUCCUGAUCAGAAGACCCUAAAAACGCACAUGGAUUGGCACAAAGCGAAUCCGAUAUUGAGCGAUUUACAAAAGCAAACUUUCCCUUGCGAGAUAUGCGGCAAGCAUUACAGUUCGAAGAAGGUCUUGACAAAACACAAGAAGCUUCACAAAGCGAACACGGUAGCUUCGAUGAAGUUCCAAUCGCUCGGUAGAAAGAACGCUCAAUUCUUCUGCAACAUCUGUCGAAAGAUCUUCAGCAGCAAUCAAUCGUUGCAACGACAUAGAAUGUCUUUCCACAGCGAUUUACAGACUAAUCAAGCACAGAACAGUAGUACUCUGCGAAUAUCUAGCGAGGAAUAUAAAUCAAAGAAAAUUGACUUCGAAUUAGAAGAGGAUGUCGCGAAGGAAUAUACUUUGAAUUUAACCAAUGCCGGUAGGAAACCGGUUACUUGUCAUUUGUGUAAGAAGAUAUUUCCGAACAUGAGUGUUUUGUACAAACACAAACAAUUGAUUCACAAACCAAGAGUAGCAAAGGUGAUCGGUAAACUAUCGACGAACGAGUGCGUUCCUAUACCAAGCGCUGACGGUCGAAUUUCGUGCAAUUUGUGUGGUAAACAGUUCUCGGCAUUGUCAAAUUUGAGACAACACUUCUCCGUGAAGCAUAGAAACAACCCGAAAAGUCGUUGUACCACAGCCAGCUGUAACCCUACGUACUCGGUUCAAUCGCAGUCUCUAAAGACCGAAAGUUUACCGCACAAAGCAAUGAUUCUCUGUUGCAAACUCUGCAAUCGUCACGUUUGGAGCAGAGAAGAGAUAGCUAAUCACAUGGUUUCUGUACAUGGAACAGCUUAUGAACCCGAUAAUAACAGUAAUUUUCAUAGGGAAACUGAUCUUACCACUUACGUCGUCGAAGGUGCCGUUAAUGCGACCUGUCCUCGUUGCAAUAUCAAAUAUCCUAACAAUAGAGCUAUGAAGAUCCAUUACUUUAAAUUCCACGAAGCUACAGACUAAUCCACUUUUCCAAUCAAUUAGUGAAUCCAGAUAGCAUUGAUUUUUUUACUACGAGCCUUCCUUUCUUCUUCAAUCUUGUCUCUGAUUAAUGAUACGUUUGAACGUAUAUAAGAUUCGUUCCAGAACGUUAACUGGCGAUUCUUCCUUCUCUUGGACAUCAUUAUUGAAUAUUGUAAUAACAAUUACACAAACUUGAUCCUUUUUGUCGAAGAAACGUAUCGUUUUGUUCGCUCGCUCGCUUGAUCGAUGGAUCGUUCGCUCAUAUAUGUAUGUGUGUAUGUACUUUCACAAACUAUCCUUUGGGCUAUCUACUUUGACCAAUCAUUAUCAUCGUCAGAUUUUUCUCAUUCAAUUAACUUACAACACGACGUUUGUGUAAAUAGCCAUUUUUCUGUUAAGAACAGAGCCAUUGUACACUUAUAUUUACACGUUUAUUGUUUAUUUUAUAUAUAUAUAUAUAUUUUAUAUAUAUAUAAGAUAUGUAUGUAAAAUAUAUAUAUAUAUAAUAAAUGGCUAUUAUAUACAUAUAUAUAUAUAUGUAUGUAUGUGUAUGUAUAUAUAUAUAUAUGUAUAUAUAUAUGUUUAUUCAAACGUAAAGUCACGCUCAUAUUCUUUUUUUCUUUAAAUAAGCUUCGCAUAUUCAUUGAGUAUCCCCUUUGAUGAAGAUGAUGUAAGUUAUCGUCAGAUAUACGACUCUAUAUGAGAGAAGGGUAGAAGAAAAAAAUGAGAAAGAGACUUUGGGGAUUUCAAUUGUUUUUUUAGAGAUAAAUGAUAAAGAAAAGAAAUAAUAAAAGUAAGAAUGAAUAAAAAGAAGGAGACAUCGUUUUUGAUUACUCCCCAGAGAUGAUUCGUUCGAUUUACUCAGUGUAUCGUUCUAAUCGUGGGACAAAAAAAAAACUAGGAAAGUGUUUUAGGUUUUUUCGUAAAAGGCAUAUUUGUAUAUGCAACGUAUAAGUUGUAGCAUUUUCCAUGUAGCAGUAAAUAAAGAUUAUUGAUAUAAA